GUCAUAAUUGUAAACACGUGCGCUCGUCAACAUUGCAUUCACGUUAGUGUAGUGUUUAGGGUUGGUGCGGUCUGUUUAAGUAAAAAGUAGUGUUUUAACCCUCAAAAUCAGUCAAGAGCACAAUGCUACGCCGUCAGGCCCGAUUACGACGAGAAUAUCUUUACCGAAAAGCGGUAGAGGAAAAACACAAAGCACUACAGGACAAAAAGGAGCGAAUCAAAAACCAUUUGGAGGGAAAUGUUCCGAUUCAUGGGGAUCUACGACGAGAAGCGAUUGCAUUGCAAGAAAAACUUAAAUGGACCGAUGAAGGUCCGCAAGCGGCGGCAGGUAUCAGCGGUGUCAGUGGCGGUGCAAACACAGCCAACUCGCAGGACGACGAGUAUCGCUAUGCGGGUUGCGAAGAUCCUAAAAUCAUGAUAACCACCUCACACGAUCCUUCAGCUCGACUGAAAAUGUUCGUGAAAGAGUUGCGCCUCAUAUUCCCCAAUGCGCAGCGAAUGAAUCGCGGAAAAUACGAAAUGAAACAAUUGAUCCACGCCUGCCGAGCUAAUGAUGUGACAGAUUUUAUAGUUAUCCAUGAACAUCGUGGAGUGCCUGAUAACUUGGUGAUUUCCCACCUGCCGCAUGGACCCACAGCGUUUUUCAACAUCUCAGGAGUAGUCAUGCGACACGAUGUACCCGACGUAGGCCCAAUGAGUGAACAGAAGCCUCAUUUGAUUUUCCACAAUUUCAAGUCAAAACUAGGCGAGCGAACGAUGUCGAUACUGAAGUACCUGUUCCCCGUGCCAAAGGAAGACUCCAAACGUGUGAUAACAUUUGCAAAUCACGACGAUUAUAUUUGCUUUAGACACCACACAUUUCAAUAUGUAAAUAAGGAACUGGAAAUGGUGGAAGUAGGGCCUCGUUUUCAAUUGAAAUUGUAUCAAAUUAAAUUGGGGACUUUGGAUGAAUUGGAUGCUGCGGACACAGAAUGGGUGUUACGACCGUACAUGAACACUUCAGCGAAGAGAAGGUUCUUGUCGGACGAUGAUGGAUGGGUACAAGAUGAUGUGGAUGUAGAACCGUGAAAUGAGACAAUUAUUAAUUUAAAUUUAUGUUGAAUAUAAAUUUAUUUAAGGAUC